AGAGAGGGAGUGGAGGUGAUCCUGAUCUCGUCCGGUGAGGACCCUGUGACCAAGGCCCUGGCUGACAAUCUAUCCCAGAGGACAGGCUGCGAGGUCAGGCAGCUGGGCAAGGACAUCCAGGGUGAGGUCAAAGCCAUGAUGGAUGACAAGGAUCUGGACUGGAAGGAGGUUGCCUAUAUGGGUAAUGAUGCACCAGAUGUUGACUGUCUGAACCUGGCUGGGCUGAGUGCAGUACCCGGGACGCCCAGUGGUGGCGAUCAACGCUGCUAA